GCCAAAGCAGGGUAGGACCUCACAGUCUGUCCUAGCAAGACACCAGCUCCAUACCAACUGUAGCUCUGCUUUAAAAAGUUGAACUAGGGGUCCCUGUCUGCUGCCCGGGCUGCUCUGAGACGAAUACUGCAUCCAUCUGUUUCCAUUCUGCAGCACCUGACCACAGCACAUCUGUGAAUUUAUUCGGAAGAGGUUAUACAGGACCAUGGUGUUGACCUGUGCAAUCGAGAUGAGCCCAGAGAGAGACUCCAUUAUCAACACCCAAGAGACCUUCGUGCCUCGAGCGAGGGCAAGCAAGGGGAAGGCUGCGAGGGAACAUCGCUACAUGUUGAAGGAUGGCCACUGCAACGUGGUCUUCCAGCAGACCUCGGGCGAGUGGGGUCACUAUGUGGUGGACAUCUACACCACCCUGGUGGAGAGUCGCUGGAGAGUCAUGUUCCUGGUGUUCUCCCUCGCCUACAUUGUGUCCUGGCUCACCUUCGGGCUACUCUACUGGCUGAUUGCUCAUGUCCACGGUGACCUGGGGUUGCCCAACGAGGCUCCGUGCAUGGCUCACGUGCACGGUUUUACUGGCGCCUUCCUGUUUUCAAUGGAGACCCAGGCUACCAUCGGCUACGGCUUCCGAGGCAUUCUGGAGAACUGUAUGGUGGCCAUCGUGGUCGUGACGGUGCAAGAUGUCCUGAGCUGCUUCAUCGACACGGCCAUCAUUGGCGUGGUCAUCGCCAAGAUGGCGUGCGCCCGCAAGAGGGCGCGCACAGUGGGCUUCAGCAAAUGUGCCGUGGUCAGCCUGCAGAAUGGCGCCCUCUGUCUGCAGUGGCGUGUCGGGGACUUCCGGGGGAACCAUAUCCUGGAGGGCGAGGUCCAGGGCCAGCUGGUGCGCCACAGGUGGCUGCUCACGGGUGAGGUCAGUCUCUCCCACCAGGAUCUCAAGCUCCAGUGCAGGUCCAUUGCCUUGGCCAUGCCGAUGACGGUGGUCCAUGAGAUUGACCGCGACAGCCCCCUCUAUGGCUUGAGUCCCCGAGCCCUCGCCGAGGAGGAGGAGGACUUUGAGCUGGUGGUGUCCUUCACCUACACGGACGACUCGGCGGGCAUGCUGCGGCAGACGCGUGCCUCCUACACCCCUGCGGACAUCCGCUGGGGCCAGAGCUUCCAGGACAUGCUGAGGCUGGGCAAGAAGCACUACCACACUGACUUUGCCCUCUUCCACCAGACCACCUGGGUGCCCGUGCCCAUGAUGAGCGCACAGGAGCGGGACAGGGCCCGGGGUCUGGCAGACAGCGGGGAAUCGGUCGGCCCAGCAGUGUGUCGUAAAGUUAAAACGUCCCAGAGGGAAAGAUCUGACCCUGUGAUUCUUGAAGAGGCUUGGUUUUAACACACUCACACACAUUUACACAUUGCAUGGAUUAUCAUCUCUAAGGGAAAGAUGCAGGUAGUGAAGUAGUAGUACUCUGAAGGCACCACAGGACAGGUAAACAAUCUGGAAGGGGGAAUGUAUGUUACUGUGGAAUAAUAACUACUGUGCUGUUGUCUGCAGUAACAGGAAGUCUGCAAGCGCAGAACAAUGCCAGGAUUAUUAAUUAAUGCCAUACCACAUGUAUGGAAGUACCUGCUGACUGACACAGCAAUUUUAUGUAAAAUGGGUGGGAAAAUAUUGUAAAUAGACAUAUGUAUGUUUGUUAAUAGUUUUGUGUUUUUUGUAGUUAAGUGCAAUAUUUUAGACCUUAAAACAUCUGUCCUUUAAAUCUGACUCCUUUACAGGAAUAUAUUUAUUAAAAUAUAUUUGUUGACGUUUUC